AUGGACGAUCUCCCACCAGGGUCCCGUCUCGCGGUUGUCCGCUCUCAAGUCGCGAUGGACUCUGAGUCCGAGGAAUCCGAGUCUAGUACUCCUACCAACGCAGAUACUGCAAACACAGAGACUGAACCGUUUCCUGAGACUGAACCACUCCCUGAGACUGAACCACUCCCUGAGACUGAACCAUUUCCCGAAUACAACGAGUCCGAGUGUGAGAUGCUUGCAUCUUGCAUCGCUGCUGAGAAACGCAACGAGGAAGCAUGGAUCUACGCUUUCGCCAAAGCUGCCCAGCAAGAGAUCCGCAUGGCUCACGUUGACCCGAACAUAAUUCCCUAUGUUCAAAGUGACCCAUCUCAGCGCAGCCAGGUUGUUCUUGAACAGCUACGAGACCUUCUUGCCCACCCGGAAGUGCUUCCUGAUAUCCGCAAGCAAUUCAUUACUAUCACCAACGCCGCUCUCCAAUUCAACCUCGUCAUCUUCCACCAAAGCCCAGAGUUUCUGGCUCCCAAAGAAAUUGAAGACGCAGAAUUUGACCUCGAGACCAUUCUCAACCACAUCGAAUUCAUCGAAGAGAUGCUUAGAGAGCAGCUGGAGACUGCCGAGCAGGUUUCCUUCGCCCUGGAGGACAUCUCAAAGGAGGCUACCUCGGCCUACGAGCGUCUUUGCAAAAUGUCGUCUCUGUUCGCUAAGACCAUGAAAAAGCCUCGUUAUCUUGAACGGCGGUUGCUUGCUUUGUACAUGGACAUGUACGAGGAAUGGAUCCACAGUCCUUUCCUCCUUCUGCGCAACCGUCAACUCUUGAACGAGCAAAAUCCCAGCCCUGCACGCACAGAUAUUUCACGUCGUAUCUUUGUCAUCUGGGAACUGAUGAACAGCUGCAUCGAAACCUACGGUACCUUGACCUGGCUCACUCUUGAGACCAAACGGCAGUACUUUACGCCAAUGAUGGGCUAUCUUUGUGACUCGCCAGAGAUCUGGGAGCACUGCUGGGAUCGAUACCAGGCACUUGAGAAGGAUCGACUCAAGGCAGCUGAGCGGGACUUGUCUGGAAAUGAUACGGUCUGA